AUGCGCAUCUCACCAGUGGGAAUCGAGGUCAUUCAAGCACCCGUAGAAGCAGUCACUGCUGCUUCCACCCCCACAACCUUCUCCUCCUCCUCUGUGGCCUCCAUAGCAGCAGCAGUGCGCUGGAGUGUGGAGUUUCAGGGUCUCUCCUCCCCUGCUCUCACUGUGCUCGCUAGCCCAGAGGAGGCCGCAUCUGGUGCAGGUGCAUCUGGUGGAGGUUCAUCCGGAGGGUUCUUUGGUGUGCGAAGGGGGGUGGCGGGGAGGGAGGACGGGGGGUUCAUUCUGCGGCUGGGGUUUGGGAGGCGGGCCAAGGCGAUCACGGCUACUGGAGGGUGUUCCAACUCGGCCAUCCUGUCCAAGAUUGUUGACACAGCCAAGGGCUCCAUAGGGCGUGCGCUCACAGUGGACACCACCUCUCGCCCAAGCGUCUCAGACUUUGUUUCACAGACUGCGGUGGGUGGAGUGGGUCCCAACGAGCCCCCGCUGGGAGAAUGGUCCGUCACUCUCGUUCGCCACUCUGCUCUGCUCCCAGACCCCUACCCUCGUGCCUCCUCUGCUGCUGCCAGUGGUGCUGGCGCUACCUCUAGCAGCAGCAGCAGCAGCAAUAGCCAAUCAGGCGGCCGCAUGAGCCUGGAGGGUGGUUUGGGUGUGGAGCGGAGUGGUUCUGCUCGCCAGUUUGCCGUGACUCGGCACUAUUUCGUGGAACGCAACCCAGUCACUUACGAGCUCUCAACUGUGUCUGCUCUGGUGCGAUGGGUGGAGGAGCCUCAACUGCUCGCCCUGGAGUUCGUUGACGGCGCACCAAUCCUGGUGUACCGCUGUGCGGCACGUGACUCUCUCCUCUCCGCCCUCAAAGACGCCAUCGAAACUGAGACAUCUCAACCAGUGCCGGUUCUCGCUCGCCCCACUGCCACCGGCCACAGACUAGACGGCCCUUACGGCGAUGCCUUCCAUGCCUACUCCCCUCCUCCUUCUGGCGCAUCCUCCUCCUCUUCCUCCUCCAUUUCCCACACAGCUACCGCCACUGCCCCCACCUCCUCCUCCUCAAACGCCUCUGCAACUCCAGCAGUAGCAGCAGCAUCGUCCUCAUCAUCAGGAGCAACAGCCGCAGCAGCGGCGGUGGCAGCAGCAGCAGCAUCUGCAAGCCUGGAAUCCUCUCUCUCCAUGUCGCGCCUAGGCCAGGGGCUGUUUGGCGACGUAGAAGGGGAUCAGCUCCUGGUGAAGCACCUCGCAGCAGCAGCUAAGGAUGCAGUUGCGGACGGGGGAACCAUCCCUGGUUCGAAAACCCGGCUCUGGCGAAGAGUCAGGGAGUUCAACGCAUGUGUGCCGUACUCAGGGCUUUCCACAGGGGUUGAUGUUCCUGAUGUGGUGGUCAUGGCUGUGCUUAGCAUGCUGCCCAGUCCGCCUGCUCCUCCUCCUGCUGGUACCGAGGCUGCUUAUAACGAAGCAGGUGCUUAUAGCGCAGCGGCGAUUCUCCCUGCGCCUUCCCCCAGGGCUGCUGGGACGCACAUUGGGCUGCUGGCGUGUUUGCGGCGCCUGGUGGGGGCAAGUGGCGCGUUCUCAUUGGUGGUGGGGAUGCCGGGGGCAGUGGGGAGGAUCAUGGGGCUGGUGCGGAGUGGGUCGGAGGCAGUGGCUGCUGAAGCACUCGGCCUGCUGCGAGCCAUCAUAGCACUGCCUCUCUCUGUGCGGAAUACAGCCAGCCAGGUUGGAGCAGCCAGUCAGGGCACAGCUGCCAGCACAGCGUGCAACAAGGCCAUGGCUGCUCGCGCUGCUGCCAAAGCUGCGUCCUUUCCCACGCCAGUCCAGGUGGCAGCAGUGGUGAAUCGCCUCAAGCCACGGUCGGUGUCACCGCUGCUGUCAGCUGCAGCAGUGGCGGUGGUGGAAGCACUCGUGUGCUCCCCUGACAGCGACGCCACACAGGAUGCAAUCUUCCACGAGACUCUGCGCCAGGUGGCGAACCUGAAACGCCGCCUCUUCUCGCUCUUUGCGCAUCCAGCCGAGGGCACGCGGGAAGCAGUGGCAGUCAUCAUGUGCACCAUCGCAGAAGAAGACAAGGCCGCCGCCCGGCCCAUGCGCGACGCCGCCCUGAAAGACGGCGCUUUCCUGCGGCACCUGAGCAACAGUGUUGCAGCAGCGGGGGGAGAGAGGAGAGAGUUGAGCCGGCAGCUGAUUGCCCUCUGGGCUGAGGGACAUAACCCCAGUCUGGAUCUUAUCAGAAGGUGCUUCCCUCCUGGCCUCUGCGCGCAUCUGUACUCGCAUCGCGACACGUCAGCAGUGCCACGUCAGCAGCAGGUGGGGAGGAAGGGCAGGAGGAGGGUAUCAGCAGCAGCUGCUGCUAUCGGCCGCAGAAGGCAUGGGCUAGGGGGUGCAGGCGCUGCUGGGGGAUGGGGCAGUGGGGGAGAUAGCUUGGCGAGCAAUCUGGGGGUUGGUUUGGGAGGAGGAGGGUCUAUGGCAGGAGCAGGGAGUGGUGGGGAUGGGCAGUUCUCAGCAGCUUCAGCGGAUUUUCUGUCUCAGUCCACGCCUUUCCUGCCCUCCUCCCGCCCGCAAGACCUGUCCAUUUCGGACUUCUGGCCUGCCGGAGCUGCCUCAGCUUCGGCCCUAGCCAGCUCGGUUAUAGGCUCGGUGUCCAGUUCGCAGUAUCAGCAGCAACAGCAGCAUUAUCAGCAGCAGCAGCAGCAGCAGCAGCAGCAGCAGCAGCAGCAGCAGCAGCAGCAGCAGCAGCAGCAGCAGCAGCAGCAGCAGCAGCAGCAGCAGCAGCAGCAGCAGGGGAGCGGAGCACCAGCAGCAGUAGCAUCAAGCCCACUCCCAGCAGCAGCAACAGCACUGCAUACAGGCCUACCCAAUUCUACCCAACUGACCCUCCCAGGUGCCCCAGCACCACCGGAAGCAGGCACAGCCGGGGGAGGUCUCAACUGGGAGCGGUUCUGGCACGAGUUUGCAGGGGAUCACUGCAGGGCGGAUCUGAUCUGGAACGAGCGCACGAGGCAGGAGCUGAGGGAGGCUCUUCAGGGGGAGGUACAUCUGCUGGACGUGGAGCAGGAGAGGUUCAUGGGAGGGGGAGGGGCGGAGGAGGAAAGGCGGGAGGAGAAGGAACGACCGGAGAAGGGAGAUUCUGGUGGGGAGGUUGAUGGGGAGGAGGAAGGAAGAGGGGUCGUGCUUAGCUGGAAUUACGCCGAGUUUCGAGUGCGGUAUCGGUCAUUGGCCUGUGAGCUGUGUGUGGGGGGGUACUACCUGCGCCUCUUCCUCCACCCAGCUGCCCUUGACGGUCAAUCAGACGCCGCUGCUGCUGCAGCUGGUGACGGCGAUGCGGAUUUGUCCGGUCGUCACCAGCUGCCCACUGACACUGCAGGGGAGGCAGGGGCGGCAGCAGUGGGAUCGAUUCGGGACCCUGCUGCAUUCUUCCGGUCGCUGUACCACCGGUUCUUGAGGGAGGCGGAUAUGGGGCUUGUGGUGGAUGGGGUUGAUGCCUCACAGGACCGUGCAAGGCGCCUCAAAGAUCGGUUCUUGAGGGAGGCAGAUAUGGGGCUCGUGGUGGAUGGGGUUGAUGCCUCUCAGGACCGUGCCAGGUACGUGUUGAGGCGCCUCACAGUCUCACAGGACCGUGCAAGGCUGAGUGAGUGGUGCGACCCCACAGGCGAAGACUGCUUCGGGGGAGCGCAGCUGCAGCAACCUGCCGCAGCAGGGGAUGAAGCAGCAGCAGUGGGAGGAGCAGCGGGCAAGGGAGACGGACAGGGAGGUCCGGAAGGGCAGGGCCGGAAGGGCGGAAAGGGAGGGAAGGGAGGGGGGGCGGGGAGCAAUGCGGUGCAGGAGCUGUGUGCGCGGGCGAUGGCGAUAGUGUACGGGCAGUACGGUGCGGUGAUAGGGCCGUUUGACGGCACGGCGCAUGUCACUCUGCUGCUGGAUCGCACCCUCGAUAGAACCCUUCGACACCGCCUGCUGCUGCUUCUCAAGGCGCUGGUGCGAGUGCGGGAGAAUGCGAGUGCGUGUGUGGUGGUGGGCGGGUGUGAGCUGGCAGUCGACCUCCUCUGCUCCGCACACGACGCUCACGAGCGCACCUCCAUCCCCCUGCAGUCGAACCUGCUGGCAGCGACGGCAUACACAGAACCUCCCAAGGAGUGGUUCUACAUGCUGCCCAACGGAGGCCGUGUGGGGCAGUCCAACCUGCUGGCAGCAACGGCAUAUACAGAGCCCCCCAAGGAGUGGUUCUACAUGCUGCCCAACGGGCGCCGCGUGGGGCCGGUGCUCAAGGCAGCAGUGCAGCAGGCACGGUGGUGGGGCGAGGUGGACUGGAGCACCCGCUGCUUGGCGGCCGGGGAGUGGCGGUGCGCAUGGAUGGAUGGAUGGAUUCUGACAACAGCAUAUACCGAACCCCCUAAAGAGUGGUUCUACAUGCUGCCCAACGGAGGGAGGGUGGGGCCCGUGCUCAAGGCAGCAGUGCAGCAGGCGCGGUGGCGGGGCGAGGUGGACUGGAGCACCCGCUGCUGGGCGGCCGGGUGGGAUGAGUGGCGCCGCGUGUGUGACGUGCGGGAGCUGCGCUGGGCCAUGGCGACCGGUGUUGCUAUUCUCACGCCUGCCCAGGUGGGGGAAGCAGCUCUGGAAAUCCUCCUCUCCCUCGUCGCCUGCUCCUCCUCCACCUCCUCCGUCCACCUCCCCUCGUUACAAUCACACACCACACCCGCCAACGGCCUGUCAGAAGUACUAGUGGGAAGCGGGGGAGCCAAUUCCCUCCAUGGUGGCGGCGGGGGUGGGGGCGGGGAGAGUAAGGGGAGGGAGAGGGGGGGAGGCGAUGUGCUGGUGCCCAUGCCGAGGGUCAAGAGAGCUCUCUGUGACCCCAGAUGCCUGCCGCACCUCGCACAGGCCAUUCUCACCAACGAGCCUGCUAUCGUGGAAAAAGCCGCGCUGCUAUUGGAGGAGAUCGUGCGCUACAAUCCAACGGUUGCCACCCGCCUGUACACCACGGGCGUGUACUUCUUCGCAUUUGCCUACGCUGGCUCCAACUUUGGCACGCUAGCGUCUCUCUGCCACGCCACACACACACGGCAAGCGUAUGUGAGCGGCAUAGAGGCGGCGGACAUGGCAUCACAGCCGCUGGCCAAGCGCAGCAUCCUGGGAGUGCUGCUGCCGGAGAGUCUGCUCUACGUGCUUGAUAGGCGCGGGGCGGCAGCGUUUGCCGCUGCUGUGGUGGCGGACUCUGAUUCGCCGGAGCUCAUCUGGACUCAUGCCAUGCGGGGCUCCAUGCUCAUCCCGCAGAUUCUCUCCCACCUGGGCGAUUUCCCUCAGCGUCUGUGCCAGUUCUCACGGGCCCUGUACGACCACAUGCCCAUGCCGCCCGUCUCGUACCCCGAGCUCAAGGACGAGAUGUGGUGCCACCGCUACUACCUCCGCAACCUCUGUGACGAGAUCCGCUUCCCUGAUUGGCCGAUCGUGGAGCACGUGGAGUUCCUCCAGUCGCUGCUCGCCAUGUGGCGCGAGGAGCUCGCGAGGAAGCCCAUGGGGAUCUCGGAUGAGGAAGCAUGCGCCAUAUUGGAAAUUCCCACUGACAAGCAGCAGCCAGCCUCCUCCGCCGCCCCAGGCACAGCCUUCCCCGCUACAAGACAAGGCGUGCAAGUGGACGAGGACGUGCUGAAGCGGCAGUACCGGCGCAUGGCGGUGAGAUACCACCCGGACAAGAACCCCGAGGGGCGGGACAAGUUCAUAGCGGUGCAGAAGGCAUACGAGCACCUGCAGUCCGCCAUGCAGGGCCUGCAGGGGCCGCAGACCUGGCGUGUGCUGCUGCUGCUGCGCGCGCAGAUCAUUCUGUUUAGGAGGUAUCCGGGGGUUUUGGAGCCGUUUAAGUAUGCUGGGUUCCCGCUACUGCUGCAGCUGUUGCGACUGGAGGAUGGGGAUGGCGAGGCAGGUGCAGGGAAUGCAGGGGUUGGUGUGGUUGAUGCUGCUGGUGGUGCUGUUGAUGGUGGGGAUGGUGUGAAUGGGAAGGCGAGGUGGCAGCAGGAGAGCGCAUCUAGCUUCCUGUCACCAGAGCGGUCGCAGUUACUGCAAGCAGCAACUCAUCUGCUGUGGCUCAUCUGUGCCUGUUCCUCCCUCAAUGGUGAAGAGCUCUUGAGAGACGGGGGCCUGCCUCUCCUCACCACGCUCCUCUCCCGCUGCCUCUCCCUCCUCUCCCCCUCCUCCUCCCCCACCGACCCUCCUGCUCUCAUCGCCACCCACAUUCUCCGCACCCUCGCCAUUCUCUCCGCUUUCCCCUCUGCCCGCACCGAGGUUCGGACCAACCAAGCCUGCGCAGCAGCCUUGGUCCCGGACCUGGUGGUGGCGACGGAGCUAGAGAGCACGCCCGGGGCUGUGGAAGCAGCGUUGGAAGGGAUUUUCCACCUAGCGCUGUCCAAGGGGUUAAGAGAGAGGCUGCUAAGGGCUGGUGCGCUGUGGUACCUGCUUCCGCUGCUGUUUAAGUUCGAUUCCACUGCAGAUACUGCUGGUGAUGCCACAAGCAGCGGCGGCGGCGGCAGCGGCAGCACGAGCGCAGGUGCAGCAGUUGCUGCAAAGGUUGGCAGCGGCGGCGGAGCCUUGCUUCCAUCUGCCUCUCAAUACCAUCAGUCCCCUUCCCAGUACCUCGCCCUGCCCUCCACAUCCCACACAAUCUCCACCCCUCUCCCUUCAACCGGCACAAACAGCACCAGAAUCAACACCAUCGGCACUACAUUCUCCUCGUCCUCCUCAUCUGCCCCCGCCUCUGCUGUCACGGGUGGCACGAGCCAAUCAGCAAUCGGGGCAAACGUCCAGUCAGAGCGCAACCUACACGCAGUACUGGCAGCAAGAGCCAUUGCUCGACUGACAGGGUACCUGAGGGAGAAAAGCGGGUUUGCAGAGAGGGCAGGCGAGGAGGAGGGGUGGGGGGAGGGGGAGGGGGAGCAGGGUUCGUCGGAUGCAGCAGCAAGGGCGGCUGUGAAGGUCUUGCUCACGCCGAGACUGGCCGCUAGACUGGCAGAGAACUCUCCUGUGGGGCUGCUGAAGGCGCUGACGAGCAACGUGGAAAGCCCUCAGGUGAUAUGGAGCAGCGGCAUGAGGGCACAGCUGCUGCGUUUUCUGGAGGACAGGAGGGCGCAGAGGGAGGCAGAUGGGUCGUAUGCGGUGGAUGCAUGCCAGACGUUUGUGUACACCGCACUGGAGGAUGAGAUCCAGCACCCCGGCUUCCCUCUCUUCAACCCGUAUCUCUGUCCGCUGCCACUCAUUCAUUUCCUUCCCUCUUCCACACUCCUCUGCGCCUCGCAUCCCCUCCCACCAGGUGGGAGACAUCUACCUGCAUCUCUUCAUCCAGCACCCCGACUUCCCUCCCUCCCCUCUAAUCCCCUCUCAUCCAAUCCCUUGUUCCCCGCUCCCUCCCUGCACCCCGCCACCAGGAAAGGGAGGCGGAAGAGGAGGAGGAAGGCUCGGGAUGUGCGGUGGGUGUUGGAGAAUAUCAUCAUGGCCCUCACCUCUCUCCACAACGUCCUCUCCACCUCGCCUUCUGCCGCCGCUGCCGUCGCCUCCCCUGCCUCCCUCGCCCCUCUCUUCACCUGCAUCUCCCUCUCCCUCCCCACACUCCCUGCUCCACCCUCCUCUUUCUCCUCUUCCUCUCCCUCGACCGCCACACCCUCCGCUCUCUCCGCUGCACACAUAGAGGCCAGAAUCCGCCACCUGGCUCUGGCAGUGCUAACCAGACUCACGGGGUUCGCCCCCAGUGUGGCUGCCAUGGUAUCAGACCGCGGGUCGCUCCUCAUGCUGCUGCUGCUGCUCGUGCGAUCGCCGCAAUCUCGGCCGUCCAUUCUGGGCAUGCUCCAGUCGCUGGCGGGGACACCGGAGCUGGCGUGGGUGGUGGCAAAGCAAGGAGGCAUUGUCUUCCUCCUCGUCCUCCUGCUCCCUGCCCCCGGAGACGACAUACACCACUCUAUCCGCGUCACCACGGCCCUCCUUCUCUCCGCGCUCCUCUCUCAGCCCCUCCACGGCCCGCGUGUCUUCCUCUCCCUCUCCCGAUUCCUCCCCCCCGGCCUCCUCUCCUUCCUGCGAGACGGCUCGGGGGAGGCCGCCAUUGCCGCCCUCUCCCAGACCACGCAAACCCCCGAGCUCGUCUGGUCCCCCGCGCUCGCGCUCAAUCUCGGCCGUCGGAUUGCGGUGCUGGCUGCUGAGGUCGUACGGAUGGUGGAGAUUGCACGGAGGUCUGGGGGUGGGGGCAAGGGAGGAGGGGAGGGUGGCGCUUCCUCUGUCUUUGGAGGUCUAGCCUCUUUUGAAUGGGAUCCGCCUGAUCUCGUGGGGGCUACUGGUGGGGCUGGUUCAGGUGUUGCAUCAGGUGCUGGUUCAGGUGCUCCAGGUGGGGCGUCAGGCGCAUCAGACAACAGUCUGUUGAAUUCACCUGAAGACGGGGACGAGUGGCAGGUGGGGGGCGUGCACAUUCGUCUCUUCCUCAAGGACCCCAAGUACCCGCUGCGCAACCCCAAGCGCUUUCUCGAGGGCCUUCUCGACCAAUACGUAGGACUCCCAUGCUUCGAGACGUCUCAAAAAGCAAGGGUAUUUGCGGAGGCAGACGCGGGGGCGAGGAGGCAGGCAGGGGAGAGGGCGCAUAUGUGCUCGUUGAAGAAGUUGCCGCCAAUGGGCCCCCCUGGAUUAUCCCCUCUGGAUAAAGGUUCGCCCCUGGAUCAAGGCGCGCCCCUGGAUUAA